UGGGAGGAAAAAGGAAGUGUCACCCAUUCCGGCAGUUGUUGCUGCAGUUGUUGCAAUAAUAUGCCUUGCACUUCCUUAUAAUUCAGUGCACGCGUUUCCCUCUACCUUUCUUGAUUUUUCUGGGCUAACGUGUACAGGAAAACACGAAGGUUUCAAGAUGGGAUACAUGACAGUAGAAGAGCACAGCCCCACCCUGCUCCAUCUCAAAAGAUCCCCGGGCAUUCGUUCAUGGUCUCUUCUAGUUGGUAUAGCAUCUGUAGGGCUGGCGGCUGCAUACUAUAGCUCAGACAGCAUCCUGUGGAAGCUUUUCUACGUGACCGGCUGUGUGUUUGUGGCCAUUCAGAACAUGGAGGAGUGGGAGGAGGCCAUGUUCGACAAAACCAAGAAUCUGAUCGAGCUCAAGACCAUUAGCCUGUACGCUCUGGUCCUGACGUUAUGGAGGAAGGGGCAAGAGAAAGUUGUGUUGGAUUUGACGCAGCUGUGCGACGUCUGCGUCCAGGAGGAGAGGGUACGUUAUUUGGGGAAGGGUUAUCUGCUGAUGCUGCGUCUGGCUGCGGGCUUCUCCUACCCCCUCACUCAGAGCGCCACAUUGGGGGGACGCAGCGAUGUGGAAGCUAUGGCCACACUGCUGAAGAGAUUCCUGGAUCUGGAGAAGCUGCGGCAAGACAGGCAGCAGGAGUACGAGGCCGAGUACGGAGAGGAUGAGGUGGAUGAGGAGGAGGAGGAGGGUGAAGGUUCUCCAGACCACAGCUCCGACUCCAAUGAAGAAGCUAACUGACUCUAUUCUCCGUGUGGCAUGCAGCCUCACUUUAACUUUGGGUGGUUUGAAUUAAGGUCAUUAUUACCAUAUAAAAGCAUCGCAGGUGGUGUGUUUCUGAGUUUCAUGUUAAAUUGUAAGCAUGUGCAUGGGACGCCAUGGGUUAUCGAUUCUUUUAGUAUCUGCUCACAGACUUCCGUCAUUGUGAUUUUUUUUUAUUAUUAUUAUUAUUAUUUUUAUAUCUGCCAGGUUAAAUACAUCCCUUUUACAACUAAUGUUCACAUCUGUCAAUCAUACAUUUUUUUUUAAGUAAUCACUAUUUGAAAGUACACUCUAGAUUUUACUGUGCCUUACUACUGAACUCUAAUAAGUGUUUAUACGCGCGAGACAAUGGAAAGUGCUUUCCUCACUGUUUUUCAACCACCCACCUCAUAAUCGCCUUUUUACGUGUUUAUUCGUACACACUCCGCAACCUGGAUGAAUGCAUGUGCAGACAAUAAUCGAGCAUGAAGGAUUCUCUGAGCUCAGUCGAGAGGGGAUUAUGUGGAAUGCUUUGGGCUGCUGCUUUUCUGUUUUUUUUGUUAAAUACUUUUCUGUGAACCAAAGACUGAAUCUCAGGCACACACGUUUUUUUUUUGUUUUUUUUUCCUUCUUUUUUCUGUAAAGUGUAUUUAAUCAGUGCUUUGUAAGAGUAGAUUGUGGACGCUAAUGCCUGGCAUAACUAGGCUCAUCAACACAAACCAUUUGGAUGUGUGCAACGGUGCUGUAUGACUAUGUCCCUGUUACGCUUCUGUCCAUCGCUGCACCCAAACGAUUCGAUUGGCCCGGCAGAUCUUCACUGAAUGUGACUAAUUCCAAACAGAGCAAUGACAGACUGAUAUACCCCCACUAACGUUUUGUGGUUGUGGGAACUUGCUGGUUUCCAGGCUAAAUAUGUGCUGCUUGAGAGAAAUAAUCUGAAGAUUUUUGUAAACUGUUGGUUGAUUUUAUUGUCUUUGUUUACUUUGAUACAUUUGCUAAAAUGUAUAUAAAGCCAUUUUGUAUGCUA